UACGUUUCUGGUUGCCUAUAAAUCACCACGCUUCGUUCGUGUCCGCACGGAUUUUGUUCCGGAAAAUAUUAGUGCGGAAAAUCGCGGGCCGUCGACAUGUCCGAAGAAGACGUGAUACCGGAGACCGGAGCUGUUUUUACGUAUGGCAAAAGUAGUUUUGCUGACAACAUUCCUAGUCACUUUUUCAUAAGAAAUGAUCCAGUGAUCGAAAUCAGUUGCGGUGAAGAACAUUCAGGAAUUGUCUGCAAAAACGGAAGAGUAUUUUGUUUUGGAAAAAAUAGUUUCGGACAACUGGGCCUAGGGCAUACGGAAAAUGUCUACAAGCCUAAUUGUGUUAAAAGUUUGAAACCAGAUAAGGUGAAGCAUAUAGUUUGUGGACGGUCACACACAAUUGUUUCAACAGAGAAUAACAUCGUUUACGGAUUUGGCGACAACAGCGAUGGCCAACUCGGACAAUCGGUGGCGGACGUGACAUACAGCGAUGUGCCCAUCGAAGUUACCCGUUUCAACGAUAAGAAUAUCAUUCAACUAUCUGCUGGAUCGUAUCACACGGCGGUCCUCAUAGAAAACGGAGACGUUUACGUCUGGGGAUCGAACAGCGACAAACAACUGGGACUGAACUCGAUGAACGAAGAUUCGGUCAACGUCAGUGUGCCCACCAUCGUGCCGAUCGCCCUGCCCGUUGUAUACGUAUCCUGUGGACACACUCACACCGCGUUCGUCACGAGAAUCGGGGAUUUGUAUACGUGCGGUGAUAGAGAAUAUGGAAAACUUGGCCAUGGCCAGUGGUCACUUAGCAGGGUUGACACGACUGAAAAGAUAGUAAAAGUCGCUUGCGGGGCUAACCACACGAUCGCAUUGAACGACGCGGGAAAAGUGUUCGUUUGCGGUAACAACGACUGUGGACAAAUAGGUCUAAGAAGCGUCACUUCACAAGGUCAUCUGUACCCUUGUCCAAUUACCAACGAACCGAUCGUUCAGAUUGUGUGCGGCCAGAGCCACAGUGCUUUUAUUACCGCCAGUGGUAAACUAUUUAUGUGUGGCGACGGAAAAUACGGAAAACUCUGCAUAGAUGUCAAUCAAAUAACAACUCCAACGCUCGUGUUAGCGUUCGUAGAUAAAAAUUUAAACGUACAGAUGGUGAGUUGUGGAGGAAAUCAUACUUUAAUACACGCCGAGCCUCUCUAAAGCGAAAACGCCAAUAAUAGCUCACAACAAAUCAAAUCGUCCGACUCGUUGCCUCCAUUAAGGGUUGUGAAAAAGAUAAUCGAAGAGCGAAAAGAGAAUAUUGAACCAUUCACGUCGAUUACUCCAGCCAAUGAUAAUGAUCUUGAAGUAUUGAUCAUAGUCAAAGAAAGUGCAAAAGAAAUCAACACAAAUAAUAAGAUUGAUCAACAAAUUAAUGAGGAUAAAAAAUCAUUCAAUGAUAAGACACCAAAGGAAGCAAAAAUCUCAAGUAUAAAUGAUGAAUCGAUAGAAAAAGAAGGAAAAAAUGAAAACAUGUUGGUUAUUAAUGAGAAAACCGAAAAAAAAGUAGCAAAUAAAUCAAAGUAUCCCAGAAAUGAGAGAGUACGGUCUCGCAUGUGUAUAGUCAUUUAAAAUAGAUACCAUAUAAUGUUAUGAUACCUAAUCAUACAAUAAGUUAUACAUAUUAUUUAAAUUAUAUUACUUAGACCAUGUUUAGCUUUAUGUAUCUACAAUGUUUAUACAGACCUAUGAGCUAUGACUAUAUGUACAAUAUUACAUUUAACUAAUCUCAUUGUUAAAUUAAGAUAUACAUAGUAUUAUUAUUUUUAUUCGGACAUACUUUAAACUUUAUUAUAUAUUUAGUGACGGUCAAUGAUUGGUUUGUUUUUUUUCAAUAUUGCUGUAUAUAGUUUUUAGCUUAAUGUCGAACUGUAGAUAAUAGCUAUAAAUACAUUAUACCUAACCAUUUUACAAACAUUCUUCUCAAAUGUUAAUCUGCAGUCCAUACGAAAUACGAAUACGGGUGUACGUGACUGUAUAAAAAGUAAAAAAUAUUAAUCAUCCUGCAAUUGUAUAGCUUCAUAUGAAUUUACAAUUAUGGAUCUCAACAUCGUAUAGCAGUCACCGCGCACCAUCGGAAAUUGGACGACAAACAAUAACUAGGCAGGGCAGUCUAAAAUGCUGAUGUAUCAUGUAUAUGUACUCAUAAAUACACGUAUCUAUAAUCUUAUUACAAAUAAAACCUAUAACAAAAUAAACAUUUGAAAUUUUUGAAAUUUCUAUUCUAACUAUUGUCAAAUCAUCUUAGUUUUGUCAUGACUCGUGGUAUUUCGUAAGUAACAAUUAUGUUGUAUUAUCAUAAUAUUCAUAAAUAUAUCUUACAAAAGAUUGUUUAAGUA